AUGACUAUAUAUACGAUAUUACAUGCAAAAUCAGAUAUAACCACUCCUGGUUUACACCCAGGUUCGAAGGAAACAAGGAAGUUGUACAAAAACCAUAGGAUCAAAGGACAAUUGUGCUUUCAUUUACAACUGCCUUGUGACAGUUAUGAAGCUAUGAAUGGCUAUGGUUAUCGAACCAGCCAAGCAAAUUAUGUUUUUCUGCUCUCAUUACAAAACUGUCAGAAGGGACCUUUCCAUGUCAUAAAACCUUUGCUCACAGAAAACCCACUUCAAGUCCACUUCACAUGUUUAUAUUAUGCACAUUUGUGUGCUUCAUGUCAACUGCUUCUGCAAGGAGGUUACAUUUCAACUAAUCCUGGACCAGAUCAAAGCUUGAGAGCUAAAAAAAGACUACAAUUCUCCACCAUGUCCCGAGUGCAAUAA